GCCGGAGGUGCGCGGCUCCCCUGCAGCGGCGCUGGCCGGGGGCUCCCUGCCGGCGGGGGGAGGCGGGCAGCCCUCCCCGCCCUCCGUCCCUCCCCGCUCCCGCCCCGUGCUCCGGAGCCGGCGGCGCUGCGGGCGGGGGCUGCCGCCUUCCCGGCCCCGCGUCCGCCGAGCCCGCGGGGAGCGGAGCGGCCCGGCCCGGCCAUGGGGCUGCGCGCCGCCGGCAUCCUGGGCUGCUGCUGCUGCCUGCUGCCCUUCGUGCUCCCCGCAGCCCCAGGCGUGAACUGUAAAGCCGGCUGCCAUCCGGAGAAUGGAUUCUGUGAAUUUCCCAGUGAAUGCAGAUGUCAACCUGGCUGGCAGGGUGCACUUUGUAAUCAGUGUGUUCCUUUCCCUGGGUGCUUGCAUGGCAGCUGUGCCAAGCCCUGGCAGUGCAUCUGUGAAGAGGGUUGGGUUGGCAGCCUCUGUGACAUAGAUAUUCACCCAUGUUCAGCAAAGCCCUGCACCAAUAAUUCAACGUGUAUAGAGACUGGUGAUGGAGGAUAUAUUUGUCUGUGUGCCCAAGGAUUUACAGGAAAAAACUGCCAUCUCAAGCAAGGACCCUGCAUUAUUAAUGGUUCUCCCUGCCAGAAUGGAGGAACAUGCAUUGAUGACAAUGGUUUUGCACCCCAUGCUUCUUGUCUGUGCCCUUCUGGUUUUGCUGGCAACUUCUGUGAAAUAGAUAGAGACGACUGCGAAUCCAGCCCAUGUGAGAAUGGAGGAACAUGUACAGAUGUUGGCGUGGGUUUCAGCUGUUCUUGUCCCUAUGGCUACACAGGAAAGCUCUGCAGCAGCCGUGUCACAUUCUGUGCAAGUGGCCCCUGUGAGAAUGGAGGGACUUGCAGUGAGCAUCCCCAGGGAGGGUUUGAGUGCAUCUGUAAACCAGAAUUUGUUGGCAUGACCUGCAAACAUCCUAGCAAAAACACAAGUCUCUCUGGAAUGAAUAUGGAGACAAAGCAUAUGCAGAAUUACAAGCCACCCUCAAAAGCUCACCAUAGAUCAGUGCAUCAACAACAAGAAAUCCUGAAAAUAACAGUGAAAGAAACAAUUCAAAAUGCAGAUCCCUUUCUGAGUAGAAGCCAGGUGAUAUGUUUUGUUGUGCUGGGCUUGCUUACAUGUCUUGUUGUCUUGGGUACAACCGGGAUUGUUUUUUUUUCAAAAUGUGAAAUGUGGCUUGCUAAUGCCAAAUAUAGUCAUCUCCUGCGCAAGAAAAAGAACUUUUUUCUGAAGUCUAACAAUGGGGAAAACCUCUCAGUUAAUAUUAUCUUCCCGGAGAAGAUCAAAUUGACUAAUUACACUAAGAACUACACUGCCAUCUAGGUUCUUGAAAGCCAAGCAGCAUCUUGCAACUUUUCAUAGCAAUAUGUAAAAUUUAUUGCCUGUGUUUGGCCUCAGUAUUUGUGUGUAUAUUUGCUGUAAAUUGUUCUGAGUGAUAAUGAAGAAAUGUAAUGUAUCUGUCUUGCUAAGAAUUUUUUCAUUCCCCAAAAUAAAAGAUUAAAAAAAAAAAAAAAAAGAGGGAUUAAUAAGCAAGGAAUAUUAUUUUGAUUUCUCUUAAAGGCAGCUACUUUUUGUAAAAUAAAAAAUAACUUAUCACUGGAACUGUAUUGCAGCUUUCUGAUCUUGUGCAUAGUUCAUUUGACAAGUACAGUACUUGCAAAUUACUCAGUAAUGCUUUUUUUUCUAAAUAAACAGCAGUUAAGGACUA